UAAAAACCGAUGUAGUUUUAGCGAGCGAUUAGUGAACAAAAAACCGAAGCAAAAUGAGGGCUACUCUGGCAUUGACUCUGCUGCUCAGCUGCUGCCUUACAGGCAUUCUGUCGAAUGCCACUAUGGAUCCCCAGACGUCUGGGGAUAUGGUUGGUGAAUGCUUGAAGGAGAACGGAGUCACUGAACAGGAUCUGGCGGACCUACAAUCGGGAAAAGUAAAACCCGCUGAUGCGAAGGACAACGUCAAGUGCUCCACCCAAUGUAUAUUGGUCAAGAGCGGCUUCAUGGACUCCACGGGCAAACUCCUAACCGACAAGAUCAAAGCCCACUAUGCCAGCACCAACCAAAAGGCUGAGAUCGAGAAAAACCUGGAAAGGUGCAGCAACGUCAAGGGGGAAAAUGCAUGCGACUCAGCGUUCAAGAUAUUGGCUUGCUUCCAGGGCGGCCAAUAGUCCUACCAAUCGGUAGACAAAUCUAAGAACAAUAAAGGCAAGCAGCAGAUAUGGAGCAGAAUUAUAAAUUCAAGAAAUGUGCCAAUUUGCAAGGCUUCUAUCAUUACUAGAAAUAUCUAUUCGGAAACUAAUUCUUAAAAGAAGUGCAACUAUAAAAUAUUUGUGUGGACUCCAAAUAUUGGAAGUCUUUCGUGGAUUGCCUUUAAUUUGUAUUUAUAUAAGGUCAGAACUGGAUAUCAGACUUUUUAAAAUUAAAUGGUACAAAGUUUGAAAUUCCAAAAUUGUAAUUAUAAUAUUAUGAAGAAUCAUAGAUUAACCUUGCAUAUUUUACAUUUUAUUGAAGAUUGCUAAAUUAGACGAAGUUUUAUUUACUUAUUUAUUUUUAUUAACAAAAUUUAUUUGUUUUAACGUGAAGUUAUGUUUGUUCGAACAUUAAAGUCUUAUCCGGCGGAUCCUUUGAA